AUCCUUCUCUGAUAUUAACCUCACAUUCUCCCACCCGCUGGGUCUCACCCCCACUGUUUUUUUACCUUGACAAAAUCCAAAAGGAGUCUCUCUCGUCCACCACAUAGUCGGACUAAAGAAUCUAAAAUUUUCCUUCUUUAUCUGUUAUAUUAAUUAAAAUUUAUUUUUCUAGGCAAAGAGACAUAAUUUCCUUUGGAUUUGGAAGAAGGGGGAAAUUUAGAAAGUAAAUAAUAACAAGGCAAUAAAGAGAUGACAAGCAUGGACGAGUUGAUGGGUCUGUUGAGGAUUCACGUCAAACGGGGCAUAAACCUUGCUGUUCGUGAUGUCCGUACCAGCGACCCUUACGUUGUUGUUCGGAUGGGCACGCAGAGAUUGAAGACUAAAGUAAUAAAUAAGGAUAUUAAUCCUGUAUGGAAUGAAGAUUUAACUCUUCCCAUUACAGAUCCUGGGGAGCCAAUCAAGCUCACAGUGUUCGACUAUGACACAUUUAGCAUGGAUGACGAAAUGGGAGAUGCAGAGUUUGACAUAGUGGCAUUCGUACAGGCAUUGAGAAUGGAUUAUGCAGACUUCCCAGAUGGAACCAUAUUAGCCAAAGUGCAACCAUGUAGGAAAAACUGCUUGGCUGAAGAGAGCGUUGUUGUAUUGAGGGAAGGGAAGGUACUUCAAGACCUUUGCCUCAGAUUGAGAAACGUGGAGUGUGGUGAGGUGGAACUUCAACUCGAGUGGAUUGAAGUUCCUGGCUGUAAAGGUGUCUCAGCAACACCAACACCAACUGCAUAAAUUACUGCUCUUUCACUCUCCGCCAGCUAUUACAACGAUCACGACCUUCAUUGGUCUAUUUUAUAAGUUGUUUUAGCAGUUGUAUUACUAGUCAAAAUUCUGUCUGAACCGUGGCUUUUAUAUAGGAUUGAACAUGUCUUAGUUUAUCCUGCCUUGCCAUUCAUUUUGGAUACCAAAUAAAGUAUUUACAAUCUAUUUUUGUUUUCUGCCAGAACCUAUCUCUGGCAAAAUGUUCUUCUA